CUGACUACUACUCCCAGAAUACAGCGCGGCUGUGUGUGGUGUUACGUUAAACAGGUACUUCCUGUCGCUGUCAGGGUCGCUCUGACAGAAGUUCCCGUCUUAUAUCAGCCUGGCUGCUGUUUGUCAUGUUAUUCAACGACUCCUUGUAGCCGCGGACACUUUAGUGGAGCCGCUGUUUACAGAAACUUCACACUGUAGCUACCACUAUGAGGCUGCCAUGGCGGGUCCUCCUCACCCCUCACUCCUCAUCAUCAUCCUCAUCAACCCCCGUGAGGACAGCCUCCUCAGUCCCUGCGGGGAGGCUGGACUUCGUCCCCGCCUGCGGCCACACCGACGCCCACUCCCUGGAGCUGCUGCAGGACUUCGUGAGCCGAGCCAGCCGCCUGUUCGUCAUCAGCGGAGCGGGCCUCUCCACGGAGUCGGGCAUCCCCGAUUACCGCUCGGAGGGGGUCGGACUGUACGCGCGCACCGACAGGCGACCCAUGCAGCACGCGGAGUUCGUCCGCAGCGCCAAGUCCCGUCAGCGGUACUGGGCCAGGAACUUCCUCGGGUGGCCGCAGUUUUCCUCCCACCAGCCCAACUCCGCGCACAAGGCCCUGCAGCAGUGGGAGGAGAGGGGCAAGCUCCACUGGCUGGUCACGCAAAACGUGGACGCUCUUCACUCCAAGGCGGGACAGAAGAGGCUGACCGAGCUCCACGGCUGUACACACAGGGUGCUGUGUCUCGGCUGUGGCGCCAUCUCGGCGAGGGAAGAGCUUCAGAGGCGAUUCAUAUCACUGAACCCAGGCUGGAGAGCUCAGGCGGGUGCUGUGGCUCCGGACGGCGAUGUCUUCCUGGAGGACGAGCAGGUCCUCCAUUUCAGGGUUCCCUCCUGCGUGGACUGUGGAGGAAUACUGAAGCCAGAGGUCACGUUUUUUGGAGACAGCGUAAACAGAGCGACUGUGCAGUUUGUGCACGAGAGGCUGGCGGAGUCGGACGCCGUGCUGGUCGCGGGGUCAUCGUUACAGGUGUACUCAGGAUACAGAUUUCUGCUGGCGGCGAGUGAUCGUAAAAUGCCAGUCGCUAUCCUGAACAUAGGUCCCACCAGAGCAGACCAUCUGGCCGAGCUGAGAGUGAGCGGCCGCUGUGGUGAAGCGCUGCCGCUCAUCCAGCCCCUCUGACGUGGACGUCAUGUGUCUUUUCAUUUGUUUUCAUCUGCUCAAAACUACCUCCAAUUUAACGGAUUAACCAACUUCAGGAGGAAGUCAUUUGAAAGGAGUCAGCUACACUCCUGGAGAACUCACUUUUAUCAUGAAGAGGGACAAAAACCUACAUCUGCACUGUCAUACUGUAAACAGAGCUACUGAAGGGUAGUUCAACUUCUCUGCACAGGCUGGAGUCAGGUUCUCACAUCUUGGUCCAUCAAACAGACAGAUAAUCACCAGUUGGUCGGGAGGAAACAGAAAAGGCUCUUUUUAUUUCCAAAAAGAGCCUUGAUAGAAAAUGAUGCCGCAGUCUGAGAUGAAUUAUAAGUAGGUGGAAGUUGUUGGGAUCGUCAGAGACCAUGAAAUGCAGACCUAGAUUUAUGAACUACAUAACAGACGUGUUAUAAAACUAUGAUUAUUUUAAAUUUAUUUCUAUAUAAUAAAACAACACCUCCAAAGAGAGGCGUUUCGUGUCAUCAAACGCCUGUUGCCUGGCCUCCUCUCUCCUCGUGCCUCUUCUUCACCUCCUCCGCUCCCGGCUGAGGUGGACUAAAGGCCGUUACAUACUCCACCAGAAGCGAAAAAUUUGACGUCAUUUUCUUCUGUCAACCCUCGUUUGGGAGAUCUCGCAGCUUGUUCUCGACACAUCAACUGGGCAGAACUUUUUUCUCGUGUGGCGUCCGGUUACGUUUCUGUUAUUAGAAACGGGAAGAGGAGGUGAGGAAAGGGAAUGUGUUUGUUGUGUUGUCGUUGUCGCGGAGCAGAAAAUGGGGAGCCAUUAGUUUGUCCUUCCAGACUCUUCUUGCUUACAAACAGUUUGCACCAUCUUGUUUUUGAGACAGCACUACAGAAGGUUUUCAGAGGUUACUUUGCAUUAACUUUAAGUUAUUUUUUUAGGACUUUUAAUUUAAUGUAAAUCAUAAAAUAUACUGCAGUCAGGUCUGAUUUUAAAGGGGGUGUUUGGUCCUAUCCUAGAACGGUUCAUGUCAAGAUGCUUGUUAGAUUUUAAAAGCUGCUAUUUAAAACCAAAUUAAAUAAAGUCACUUUAUUGGUGAAAUGCAUGGUG